UUACCACAUUUGUUCUAAUCCAAGCACCAAAAUUUAUCUUUUAAACACAUUUCCCGAUUUUCAAUUCCAGUGCUGCGGCCGAAAUCUUCACCUUCUGAUGUUGGGGCAAUCCUUGGGGAAGACUCGACCUGCACUUUGGAACUUUUCUUCUAUUGCUAGAAAGAAGAUGCACCAUGCUCUUGCUCAAUUAACAUCUGGUUCAUCUGAUGAGCAAGAAAUGAUUGGUACCCCAAAUAUGAAUCAUAACAAUAACCAGUUCUCUGAAUUAAAUAGAGUUGAGGUUGUUCAAGCAUUGAACACUUUGAGAAAACAACCUGAUAAGGCUUUGUUAUUUUUUAACCGAUUGAAAGAAGAUGGGUUUUCUCAUGAUGUUUAUACAUAUGCAUCUAUUGUAAGAAUAUUGGAUAAGAACGGUUGGGAAAGGAAAUUGGAUUCGGUGUUGUUGGAAAUCAUUAGGAAAGAGGAGUGUUUAGAUUUUAAAGUCAUGGAUUUGUUUGAAACUCUUGGUGAGGGGCUCGAGGGAGAAGACUCAAACUUUUUGGUUCGAUUGUCCAAUGCACUGGUGAAGGCAUAUGUCAGUGUUGAAAUGUUUGAUGAAGUUAUUGAUAUCUUGUUUCAAACUAGAAGGCGGGGAUUUGUUCCAGAUAUACUCCCAUGUAAUUUUCUCAUGAAUCGUUUGAUUCAUUGUGGGAAAGUUGGCAUGGCUAUAGCUUUUUAUAAACAGUUGAAGAGACUUGGAUUGAAGCCAAAUAAUCAUACUUAUGGCAUUGUAAUUAAGGCGCUUUGCAGAAAGGGUAGGUUUGAGGAAGCUAUUGACAUUUUUCAAGAGAUGGAUGAAGCAAAAGUUACCCCGACUACUUUUGCUUACACAACCUAUAUCGAAGGGCUUUGUAUGCAUAGAAGAACAGAUUUGGGCUAUAAGGUGCUUCAAUCGUGGAGAGACGCAAAGAUUCCUCUUGAUGCCUUUGCUUAUUUAAUUGUGAUUAAGGGCUUCUGCGAUGAGAUGAAAAUGGAAGAAGCUGAAGGUGUUUUAUUUGAGGCAGAAAAGCAUGGCAUUGUUCUUGAUGUGCUUCAUUAUGGUGCCUUGAUAAAAGGGUACUGCAAAUGUAGGAAUAUAGUAAAAGCUUUGGAUGUUCACCAUGAAAUGGAGUCAAAGGGUAUUAAGACAAACUGUGUGAUUGUGACCUCCGUUCUUCAAUGCUUGUGUCAGAUGGGCCUGGAUUUUGAGGCUGUAAAUCAAUUUAAGAAGUUUAGAGACAUUGGGAUGUUUCUUGAUGAGGUGUGUUAUAAUGUUGUGGCUGAUGCUCUCUGCAAGAUGGGUAAAGUAGAAGAAGCUGUAGAAUUGAUCGCUGAGAUGAAUAGUAAACAGAUUUCCCCUGAUAUUAUUAACUAUACCACUUUAAUCAAUGGAUACUGUCUUCAAGGUAAAAUUGAGGAUGCAUUGAAUUUGUUCAAUGAGAUGAAGGACAAUGGUCUCAAGCUUGAUGUAAUUUCUUACAGUGUCCUUGCUGGGGGAUUAGCUAGAAACGGUCUUACACAAGAGGCCCUUGAUCUUUUGAAUGAUGUAGAGAAACAAGGUUUGGAGCCUAAGACUGUCAUGUACAACACAAUCAUUAAAGGUUUAUGUAUAAGUGGAAAGGUGAAGGAAGCUGAAGCUUUCUUUGGUUGUUUACCAGAGAAUUUUGAAAAUUGUGCUGCCUUGGUUGAUGGUUAUAUUGAAGCAAGACUCACAAAAAGUGCAUUUGAUUUAUUUCUUAUGCUGUCUCAGCAGGGAUUUCUAAUUAGUAAGGCUUCUUGCUCAAAACUGCUUUGUUGUCUUUGCAUGGAUGGUAAGAAUAACAAAGCUCUUAUGCUACUGAAGGUCAUGUUUGCUUUCAAUGUUGAGCCUACCAAAUUAAUGUACAGUAAACUCAUCGGUGCAUUUUGUCAGGCAAGAAAUUUGAGAAAGGCCCAGUGGUUGUUUGAUAAAAUGAUUGAUAGAGGGCUAACCCCUGAUCUAGUUAUCUACACAAUAAUGAUAAGCGGCUACUGCAAAAUGAAUCUUUUGCAGGAAGCCGAGAAUCUUUUCAAUAAUAUGAAGGAGAGAGGAAUUGAGCCUGAUGUUAUCACUUAUACGGUCUUGCUUAACAGCCAUAAAAGAAUAAAUUUGAGAUCUCUUUCCAGUCCUGAUGCAACACUAAAUAAAGACAAGACAGUAAUGGAUGCUUCAACUUUGUGGAGUGAAAUGAAAUGCAAGGGAGUAGAACCUGAUGUUGUUUGCUACACAGUUUUGAUUGAUCAGUACUGUAGGACAAACAAUCUUCAGGAUGCAAUUAUGAUCUUUGAUGAAAUGAUUGAUGCUGGAUUAGAACCUGAUAACUUGACAUAUACUGCUCUUGUAUCUGGCUAUUGUAAAAGAGGUUACAUAGAGAAGGCCGUAAACCUUGUUAAUGGAAUGUUAAAUAGGGGCAUACAGCCAGAUAAUUGUACCAUGUCAGCUUUGCACCAAGGUAUCUUGAAAGCAAAGAGAGUUGUGAGAAGGUAGCAAUACUCCAAACAAGACGGUUUAUCUUAUCUAUACCUUGAAGUAUCCAAUUAAUAUGUAUCAGGCUGAGGAAAGCUCUCUCUCCAAGCAUGCAGAAGCUUUUUGCUUUUCCAGGACUUGAGAAUUGAAAAAAUGCAAGUGAUAUUAGAACUCUUGGUAUGAGUUUAUCAUGUUCUUCUUUGAAUGGUGUUUGUAUAUCUGAUCUUCACUUUGGUUUCGUCGUUUAUCUGU